AGGGAGUGAAGCAGCAUCUCUAUGAGGCGAGAGAAAGGAACCUGCAUGGAAAUGGAGGAGCGCUAGAGCAGCACUGUCGCUGUUGUCAAGACUCCCACUGCCUCCACCACCACUGUCACUCUGGAUUGGGUAUUAAUGGAAGACACUCAGAGUAGCUCUGUGAUGCUUGAGGGACCAGCUGUGUGGAUCUACUGCCACCUCUGAUAUGAUGCUGAGAGCAGGAGGGGCAGCCACCUCGCUCGCACUGCUGCUGCUGCUGCCAUUGCUGUGCUGCUGCCACCUGUGCCAUUCACUGCGGAUUCCAAAGCUCUCCUCCUGUGCAAAAGCAGAGGACAAGCUGUUCAAAUACCUCUUUGGAAACUACCAGAAAUGGGUUCGUCCAGUGGAAUACCUAAACCAGACAAUCCGUGUGAAGUUUGGACUCGCCAUCUCCCAGUUAGUUGAUGUGGAUGAGAAAAAUCAGCGAAUGACAACGAAUGUAUGGAUGAAACAGGAGUGGAGUGACAUGAAACUCAGAUGGAACCCUGAUGACUACUUGGGCAUCACAAUCAUCCGAGUCCCCUCUGACAGGAUCUGGCUCCCUGACGUUGUACUGUAUGAUAAUUCAGAUGGGCGUUUUGAGGGGACCGUCACCAAGGCUGUUGUAAAGUAUGAUGGAACCAUAUCAUGGACACCACCAGCCAGUUACAAGUCAGCCUGCACCAUUGAUGUCACCUUCUUCCCUUUUGACCUCCAGAACUGUUCAAUGAAGUUUGGCUCAUGGACAUAUGAUGGCUCCCAUGUGGACAUCAUUCUGGAGGACUUCCAUGUGGACAAGCGGGACUAUUUUGACAACGGUGAAUGGGAGAUAGUGACGGCCACAGGCAGCCGUGGUCUGAGGACAGACGGCAGCUCUUCCUAUCCCACCAUCACCUACUUCUUCAUCAUCCGGAGGCUGCCUCUUUUCUACACCCUUUUCCUCAUUAUCCCCUGCAUUGGCCUGUCCUUCCUCACCAUUCUUGUCUUCUAUCUGCCCUCCAACGGCGGUGAGAAGAUUUCUCUCUGCACCUCAGUCCUGGUGUCGCUCACAGUUUUCCUCCUGGUCAUUGAGGAGAUCAUCCCCUCCUCUUCAAAGGCUAUCCCUCUCAUUGGGGAAUACCUUGUCUUCACCAUGAUUUUUGUCACGCUCUCGAUCAUCAUCACCGUCUUUGCCAUCAACAUCCACCAUCGCUCCUCUUCGACACAUCAUGGCAUGGCACCCUGGGUGAGGAGGAUUUUCCUGCAUCGACUGCCUAAACUGCUGUGCAUGCGCAGCCAUGUGGACCGUUACGCCACAGCCGGAGUGGCCAGUGCAGGAGGAGCAUUAGGACAGGGUAUGAUGAAGAACUCAGCACCUGAACUGACACCUCUCCUCUACACCAGACAUAACCUACAAGCAGCUUUAGAUUCUAUUCGCUACAUAACCAUGCAUGUGGUUAAAGAAAAUGAAGUCAGAGAGGUGGUCCAAGACUGGAAGUUUGUAGCCCAGGUCCUGGAUCGAAUGUUUCUUUGGGCCUUCCUCCUGGUGUCAAUCCUGGGCUCUGCCCUCCUCUUCAUCCCGGUUAUUUACAAAUGGGCCAACAUCAUCGUCCCUAUUCAUGCUGGAAGUACCCUCUAAGAACUACCAUUCAGCUACCCACAAAUGGAGGCAAAGCCCCUAAACAGCUCAUUACGUUUUAUUUGAGAUUUGAACAACUGAGAUACUGAGAUGACCUCUCAGAUACGGUCCAGCUCCUCUUACCUACAGUCAUUCUGUAAGCCACAGCUGUGUCAGUGAUCAAGCUGCUUUUGGAACUUGUGAACUGGCUAUAUCUCACAGAGAAAAGCUUUUUGUUUUAAGAUUUUAAAUCCUGUAUUUAAUUUUAAAGAUGAAUGAAAAGAAUAAAUUGAUGUAGUCCAUAUAAUUAAAAAAAUGCAUUUUUGUCUCAUACAUCAAUACAUUUUAAUGCAUGUAUUUCACCAACUUUACUUGCUGGCAUCACAGAGUGGAGAUUUACCAUAGGGUCUGGUAGAGAUUACUAGAUACAAAAUGGCAAGAAAACAUGUCCUGACAGGAUCAUUUAAGAUAAAAGUCUCAGCCAUUGUGUUUGUGCAGGUUACAGGAUACAGCAUAUCCAAUUAAUUUCAAUUGUGCAAUUAUAUGCCAGCUCGCCACCCACAACAAAUACACACACACACACAACAGAUAGGAGCAAACCUUCAUUCUCAUUUUACAUCCUACUCUAUGUCUGCCUAUCCACUAUCUAGCAUUUGGAAAGAUAACCACUUUAUCUCCGGGGCAUAAUUCAUAUUAAAGUGAGGGUUCACAAAUUGUACAUAUCCUCUCAUCAGCAACAGUCUGCAAAGUUCUUUCUGGAGAACAGUCUUGUAUAUAAAUGUGAAAUGUGUGCAAGAGUAUGAACAAGGGUAUAUAUACAAUAUAACCACAUAUUCCUUCUAA